CAUUUCCCCGGCUCUCCUGCGGGGUCGCACAGCGCCUCCCGCCACGCGGCCAUGGACGCCUGCCUUGGCGCUUCCAUGCCGCCUGAGGGCGCCUCUCCCUGGCUGCCAGCGGGGACGGACACCGAGGAGCCGUCCAUUGUGUCUUAGCUCCUCUGCCUGGGUGUUCAGUCACGCAGCCACACUCGUGGCCCUGGUGGACCACGCGUGUCCUUCCAGUACUCUGGAUUCGGAGCUGAACCCAUGCUCUUCGCUCUGUGGUACGGUUUGUGAGCCCGCCCACGGCUGGAGGUUACUUGCUUACCUAAUUAGAUUGCAUCUACCCUGGAUCUCCUGAAGCAUAGGCCACGAGUUUGUGGAUUUCUCUGAGACAGAAAAGCCACGAUGGAUGUGCAGGCAUGGUAUUUGAGAACCUCAAAGUUGGCUCUGGCCUUGGCAAUUAUUCGUUCGAAACCAGCAGACAAAACCAGCAAAGAAUAUACAGAGUACCUUGCAAUGUUGGUGUCUGAGAAAGAAUCAACAUGGAAAUCAAAAAUUGAAGUCUUAGAAGCUGAAGUUCUAGAAUUACGCCAAAGACUUCUUCUAAGCAAAAUUUGUUUAAGAUCAUGUAAUGGUGAAAACCUGUCUUCCCAGUUGCAGGCUCAGGAACCUAGUUCUGAGAACACAUUAACUCCGAUGGAAGAUUCUGGAUGCGACUUAUCAAAUGAACAGAGAACUGAACCUUCAGAACUAUCCCAGAAUUUUGUUGAAAGCUGCCACCCCACACCUUUUCUACCACUGCCUCUUGUGAAAAGACCUUAUAUUACCUCAGGAAAUCCUCUGUCUUCUCACAUGCAUUUCUUUCAACAUCUACUUGAAUUAAAGAAUUUGACAGAAUCAGGUAGUCUGAAAACAGACUUAACCCAAUUUCAGAAAGACUCUUCCAUAAUCUGUGACUCUGUUCUUCAGCUGCUAAAUGGCUUGAUUGCUUUUUAUCGUAAUCCCAAACUUCCUCUUUCAAGCUUUUGGGCAGAAGCUGUUGACACUUUAGCUAAGCUGAUCACUGAUAUUAAUUUAUCUAAACAAAUCCUUAAAAAAUGUUCUAAGAAGUUGGAAGAAUUUGAGAAAACUCUGAUACAGGCUAUUUUAGGAAACAACCAUUUAAAUCGGUUUCAGAUGCAACAUUGUCUGUCUCAGAAUUUGGUAACUCUAGGAAGAUGCAGCAUUUUGAGAAAAUCUAUUAUUUCUCUGCUUCUAUCAGAAGUGAACCACUUUGCUGAUGACCUUGCAGCCAUCAAUCAGGCACAAUCCCAUUAUGAUGCGACCCACUAUGAAAAUAUUUUCUCCUUGUUCUGGGUUCUGGAACAGCUUCUUCAAAAAAAAAUUGAAGAAGCAAAUGCCUCAAGUACAGGGCACAAUGAAGAAGAAAUCAAGAAAUUUCUAAAAAAGCAUGAUGAAAUUAUAUUCCAGCUUUCUGAUACAUUUCCUUUAUUUACUUGUUAUUUAUGGAGAAUAGGAAUUCUUUUAAAUUCAGCAGAGGCCGAAGUUAUUGAAAAUAACUAG